AUGUCUGUCAUUGUCGACCAGUACAACGAGGAAUGGCCCAAGCAGUUCGAAAAAAUAAAAGCAGAGUUGGAGAAUCAUCUGCGAGACGUCGACUACCUCUCAAUCGAGCACGUGGGUAGCACAUCAGUCCCGGGAUUGGCUGCCAAACCCAUUAUCGAUAUUGACGUGAUUGUCUCUCGCGAUAACUUGCAGUCUGCCAUUGAUGCUCUGACGACAAACGGCAAGUUUGACCACCUAGGAGAACUCGGAGUCGUCGACCGCCAUGCCUUCAAAGACCCAAACCAGGCCAUCCCCCACAACAUCUACGUAUGCGUAGACGGCGCAGUCCAAACCCGCAAUCACCUCAACCUGCGAAACACGCUCCGCACAAACAGCGAGCUGCGAGACGAAUACGCCCGCGUCAAACUCGAACUCGCCGCCACCUCCACCAACAUCGUCGACUACGUCUAUGCCAAAAGCACAGUAAUCCAAAAAAUCCUCUCAGCCUCGCAAUCCUUCACAAAAGACGAACUCGCCUCCAUCGCCCGCCAAAACCUCAAAGGCGAACGCUUCGGCGCAAUCAAAACCGAGCGCUUGCUCCUCCGCGAAUUCGUAACCCAAGACAUACCGGGCUACUACGCGCUCGAGUCCUCCGAGGCAAACGCUCGCUACCAAUCCUGGCCGCCGCGAACCCCCCAGCAAGCCCGUGAGCUGGUCCUGCAAAACAUCCGAAACCACAACGACGUACCGCGCACAAUCUACGAGCUCGCGGUCGAAACCCUCGACACGGGCACCUUCAUCGGCCGCGUCGGCGCAAAAACCUCGCAAGCAAAUUCCGACAAGCUCCCCGGCGAAUCCAGCAUCAAACCCGUUACCCACGCUGACUUGUGGUUUUCCUUUUUACCGGAAUAUCAAGGAAGGGGCUACGCGACGGAGGCUAUGACGGCGUUUAUAGGUGCGAUUAAGGAGAGGAUUCAGGAUGUGGGGAAGGUGGAAAUGGAGAUUGAAUGUGAUCCGAGGAAUGAGGCUAGUUGGAAAUUAGCGGAGAGGUUGGGGUUUGAGAGGCAUAGUUUGACGAAGGAGAAGGAGAUGCUGAAGGGGGAGUGGGUGGAUAGUUUGGUUAUGAGGAAGGUUGUUGGGGAUGCGCCCAUAGGACGUAAACACGUGAGGCGAAGCAGCAAAGUCAGUUCGUCGAUGCGCUUGGAUCCCGCAGAGCUAUACGAGACGUGUCAUUGA